CUUACCCGUCACUUUAGUAAUGUAUAGCUUAUGACAUGAUAGAAUACUACACGGUAUGGCAUAGCUGGGCGGACCGACUGGGCUUGUAUUCUACCGGUUUUUAUCGGUUGGAUUUGGUUGCGCCCCCCCUAUAGUCUAGUCUAGGUCUACGUGUCUGAGGAGCCGGCGCCGGAAACAACGAACGGUCGGGGCGAGUGACGCUGUGAGGGGCGGGAGCGAGCAACAUGGCAGCGACUCCACAUUCAGCGUUCCUUUUAGUACUCGCUCUCCUGACCACCGUCCAUGCGUUGACUCCCAGCCACUACCUGAGCCAGGCAGAUGUGGAGAGACUUAAAGAUGUCUUGGAACGCCCAGUGUCUGACCUGGAGACGGCCUAUUACUACACUGUAGGCUUCCAUCAUCUCGGGGCCAGUGUAGCAGAUGAAAAGACUGCCUGUAACUUCAUUCGCUCUAAUGUUGAUAUCAGUAAUGUGGAUUCCCUGUUCUAUGCCGCUCAAGCCAGUCAAACCCUGUCCAAUUGUGAGGUGCCCAUCUCUAACGAAACCAGAGACCUGCUGCUCGGUGCGGUCAGUGAAGAUUCCUCUGUCACCCAAAUAUACCAUGCCGUAGGGGCCCUCAGUGGCUUUGGUCUCCCUCUGGCCUCCCAAGAGGUUGUCAGCGCCCUGACCAUCAGACUCGGUAAAGAGGAGAAUGUCCUGGCAACCAUUGAAGCUCUCUUAACUGCGUCUCUGCUGUCCCAGCAAGCUGACCUGCGCGGAAUUGUGGAGGAAAUCGAGGACCUUGUGGCUCGACUGGAUGACCUGGGUGGGCAAUUCCUGCAGUUUGAGGAAGGUCUGGAGGCUACUGCUCUGUUUGUAGCUGCUACAUACAGGUUGUCCGAUCAUGUUGGUGUGGAGCCUGCCUUGAAAGAGGACCAGAUUGUCCAGCUAGUCAAUGCCAUCUUCAGCAAGAAGAGCUUUGAUUCGCUCUCGGAAGCCUUCAGCGUGGCUUUUGCAGCAUCUGCCUUGUCGCACAAUCGCUAUCACAUUCCGCUCAUUGUGGUGCCUGAUGGACCCGCUGCUGUGUCUCACAAACAGCCCCUCCUUAAGCUUCUGGUUACCAAUGUCCUCUCCCAGCGACUAUCAGAUGCUAAAGUGAAACUGAAUCAAGCCAAGUCCUGUAGCACCAAAGCCACAGUCCUGGAGCAGGCACCAUUUACUCCAUCUGGGGACUCUUUCGAACUGAAUUUUAUGGACUCCAAGCCAGCGAGCGGUUACUACGACUUCUCUGUGAGCGUGGAGGGUGACAGCCGUUUCCUGGCAAGCCAAGUUGAGAUCAAGGUGAAAGUGUCAACCGAAGUUGGAAUCAGCAAUGUAGAUCUCUCCAUCGUGGAUAAAGACCAGAGUAUCUCUCCCAAAACUGCCAGGGUGACCUUCCCCUCUAAAGCCAAAGGACCAUUCACUUCUGACAGCCACCAGAAUUUUGCACUGUCCUUCCAGCUUACUGAUUUGAACACAGGAGUCAGCCUGACACCGCAUCAGACAUUUGUUCGGCUGCAUAACCAGAAGACUGGCCAAGAAGUAGUGUUCGUUGCUGAGCCGGACACCAAGGGCACAUAUAGGUUCGAACUUGAUCCAUCUGAAAGGAAGUCUGAAUUUGACUCCGCAUCUGGGACUUACACGCUCUACUUGAUCAUAGGAGACGCUACCUUGGAGAAUCCCAUCCUAUGGAAUGUGGCUGAUGUGGUCAUUAAGUUCCCUGAAGAGGACACGCCAACCACUGUCCAGAGCAAGAACCUCUUUGCCCCCAAACAAGACAUUCAGCACUUAUUCCGGGAGCCAGAGAAGAGGCCACCUACUGUCGUAUCGAAUACUUUCACCGCCCUGGUCCUCGCGCCAUUGCUGCUCCUCUUUAUUCUUUGGGUGAAGAUUGGUGUGAAUAUCUCCAACUUCAGCUUCUCUCCAAGCACGCUGGUCUUCCAUCUUGGCCAUGCCGCAAUGCUGGGCCUGAUGUAUGUUUACUGGACUCAUCUGAACAUGUUCCAGACUCUGAAAUAUUUGGCCUUAUUAGGAAUUGUCACGUUCCUAGCUGGAAACCGCAUGCUUGCCCAGAAAGCAGUCAAGAGGACUGCAGCUGAACAAAGCAGUAGGUUGGCAAAGUAUAGAACCCUUCGGUAAUCGGGGCGUCCGUGAAGUCAAAAAAGUGAAGUGAGACCGGAUCCGAAAAAAAGAGAAUAAAACCUUAAGAUGCCAGCGUCGGUUCAUUUGUAAAUGUUCAAAAUUGCAGUCCUUUAAAUUUUGUUUUUGUUUUUUUACGUACCCCAAAUGUUUUUUUUUGCACUGAUUGUAAUACUACACCUUCUGAGCUGCCCCCCUGCCCCUCUUCGAUACCACUGUGAAA